AAAACCUGCCGUGGUUUAUGGACAUUAAUCAUCGCUUAUUCCUGGUGGAUUCGGGGCAUGGUUUCUGUCUUCAAAAGCUUGCCAAUCCCUGGCAAAACCUGUUGGUUGCCCAAUUUUAGUUUCACCAGUGAGAUAUCCUCUCUGAAAAUGACUCUCAAGGACCACGGGCUACAUUUUUUCCGCAGUGCUGUGGGUGCGGUCCUCCCGGGGCCGAUACUGAAAAGGUCCUUGGUGCUAGAAACGGGCGGAUGCCCCAGACUGUUGCUACAGGGCCGUCCUUUUGAACUGAAGAGAAAUCUGUACCUGGUUGGCUUUGGAAAGGCUGUUCUGGGCAUGGCAGCAGUGGCUGAGGACAUCCUUGGAGGCUACCUCACUCAGGGAAUAAUCAGUAUUCCUCAAGGCAUUCAAGAAACUCUGCGACAUGCAGGAACGAGGGAAAUGUUGCUGAAGCCGUGCAGCCGAAUCCAAGUCCUGGAAGGAGCGAGGGAGAAUCUUCCUGAUAAAGACGCUUUGGAGGCGGCCAGGGCCAUCUUGGAAUUAGCCAAGAGUCUCACAGCAGAUGACCUUCUCCUGGUAUUAAUUUCAGGAGGAGGGUCUGCCCUUUUAUCUGCACCUAUCCCUCCUGUCACCCUGGAAGACAAGACUACGAUCACCAGGUUGCUCGCUUCAAAAGGAGCCACCAUUCAAGAGCUGAAUACCAUUCGAAAGGCUCUCUCUUUAUCAAAAGGUGGAGGGCUGGCCCAGGUAGCUCAUCCUGCCCAGGUUUUGAGCCUCAUUCUUUCUGAUGUCAUUGGAGAUCCAUUGGACAUUAUAGCAAGUGGCCCGACUGUUGCCAGUUCUCACAGCAGGCAGGACUGUUUUCAGAUACUGGCCAAGUAUGAUGUAUUGAAUACCUUGCCAAAGUCUGUGUCGACAGUCCUCUCUAGCUCUGUCACAAAGCAUAGCACCCAGCAAGAUUAUUCCCAUGUCUACAAUGUUGUGAUUGGAUCCAACAGGCUAGCUUUGGAGGGAGCCAAAUACCAGGCAGAACAGUUGGGUUACCUGACUAUCUUUUUGAGUGAUGCUGUGUGUGGGGAGGUCAGCACUGUUGCCCAUUUCUACAGCCUAUUGAUUCAGUUUGUGUGCUUGAGCAUUAUAAAAGAUGCUGGAAGUAGACCUUUAAGGGACUCUGUGAAAGAAAUGCUCACAACCGUUGCAGGACAGCUGGAGAUUCCAGUCUUGAGCUUGAUAGACCCUCUAACAACCAUGAAAGAACCCCAUGUGGAAAACCCCAUUUGUCUUCUGGCAGGUGGAGAAACCACCGUGCAGGUUCAAGGAAGUGGGAAGGGUGGAAGGAACCAGGAACUGGCUCUGCGAGUGGCCUUGGAACUGCACAGAGCUAAAUCCACUAUGGAGGGAAGCUGUCUUAACAAAUACGAAGUCUUGUUUUUGAGUGGUGGAACUGAUGGACAAGAUGGGCCAACAGAGGCGGCUGGGGCCUUCUGCAGCCAGGAUCUGGUGGAGGAGGCCGAGCAGGAAGGCUUUGACGUGGGAAGCAUGUUGAGCAAUAACGAUUCGUACACAUUUUUCACCAAGUUCCAAAAUGGACAUCGCCUUUUGGUGACAGGCCUGACAGGCACAAAUGUCAUGGACAUUCACACUGUUUUAAUCAGAACCCGGAGAACUUAGUGAUGCAACAGACAUUUAGCUGUUUUGAUUCAGAAGGAAUCUGUAGGCAACCCGAAUGGAAUGUCUCUCUCCAGGCUGUUGAUAACAAGGACGUAAAUGGACGGUUACUGAUAAGACAAGUGAGGGUCACUUUGUUGUUUCAAUUAGAUCCCAGAAACAGCUACUUGAAACUAUCACAAUUAAAUUUUUAUAAC